UCACUUUAAUCGUUUAGACAGUGCGCACAUGUUUGGAACCUUUAAACUGAUCAGCUCAUUCGCCGGUGUCAGAGCCAGCUCAAUGAUCAACUUAUGAUCGAGCUGAGUAGUGUUAAUCGAGUGACAAUCGUUCUAGUGCACUGAGUUUUUGUGAUUUAGUUAUUUUUAAUCAACAUCCUGUAAAGUGCCAUAGAUUGCAAGUUUCGCGCGCUGAGCAACAGAAACAAGUGAAACAUGAGUCUUGCCUGGAAGAAUGUUCUUGUUAUUGGAGGUGGUGGCCGUGAACAUGCCAUAUGCUGGAAGCUCGCCCAGAGUGCCAAACUGGCCAAUGUAUAUGCGCUUCCCGGUAGUCCUGGGAUCGAGCAACUAGACAAAGUUACCCUGGUUGGUGAUGUCAGCGUGAAAGAUUUCGAAGCCAUUAUAUCUUGGUGUAAAAACAACUCAAUACAUCUGGUAGCAGUGGGACCAGAAGACCCGCUCGCUCAAGGACUAGCCGAUAAGCUGCGGGCUGCUGGGAUCAAGUGUUUUGGUCCCGGACAGAAAGGUGCUCGGAUCGAAGCGGAUAAAAACUGGUCCAAGGAUUUCAUGCAUCGACAUGGAAUUCCGACCGCUCGUUAUUCAUCCUUUACUAAGGCAGACGACGCAAAGGCAUUCAUUCGAAGCGCCUCCUACGAAGCGCUGGUAGUGAAAGCCAGUGGUUUAGCCGCCGGAAAGGGUGUAAUUGUUGCUGACAACCAGGACCAGGCAUGUGCUGCGGUUGACGAAAUCUUAGGCGAACGAAAGUUCGGCUCUGCCGGUGACACGGUAGUAGUGGAGGAGAAACUUUCAGGCGAAGAAAUUUCCGUUUUGGCUUUCGUUGAUUCCAAGACCGUGCGUGUAAUGCUGCCCUCCCAGGAUCAUAAGCGGCUGCGGAAUGAUGAUCGUGGCCCGAACACCGGCGGAAUGGGUGCAUACUGUCCCUGCCCGAUUAUUAAGACACAUGAACUAGAAAUCGUUACUCGGGAAGUUUUACAGCGAGCGGUCGAUGGGCUGCGCAAGGAAGGCAUCCAAUACAACGGAGUGCUGUAUGCUGGAAUGAUGCUUACCCCCAACGGACCGAAAACGUUGGAAUUCAACUGCCGUUUCGGUGAUCCAGAAACUCAGGUCAUUUUACCCUUACUUGAAAGUGAUCUUUUUGAAGUGAUGGAAGCUACAUGCGAUGAUCAUUUGGAAGGAGUGAAGCUUAACUGGCGCGAAGGAGUUAGUGCUGUUGGAGUUGUCAUGGCUAGUAAGGGCUAUCCAGAUACUUCAACCAAGGGAUGCAUAAUUAAGGGCCUCGAUGCGGUCGCCAAACGACCAGACCACCUGGUAUUUCACAGUGGAGUAGGAAGAAAUGCCGACGGUGAUUUCGUAACGAACGGGGGUCGAGUGCUGAUCAACGUGGUCUUACAGACAAAUCUACAAACAGCCGCUGCUUUGGCCACAGCAGCCUGCUCCGAUGUACAGUUUGCUGGAUCACAACAUCGAACCGACAUCGCUCAGAAGGCAUUUAAACACGUGAGUCUGUCCUACAAGGCUAGCGGAGUGGAUAUAGAUGCUGGGGAUGCACUGGUGCAGCGAAUCAAACCACUGGCUAGAGGAACCAAACGAUCUGGUGUACUGGGUGGUCUGGGCGGUUUUGGAGGACUUUUUCGCUUAAACGAGGUAACCUAUGAGAACAGUUGGGGAAAGCGUGUCCACUAUCAGGAUCCCGUACUGGUGCAGGGAACGGACGGUGUCGGAACUAAGCUCAAAAUUGCCGAAGCAAUGAACCUCUGGGACACCAUUGGAAUUGAUCUGGUGGCAAUGUGUGUCAACGAUGUCCUCUGCGAAGGAGCAGAACCUUUGGCAUUCCUGGACUAUAUUGCCUGUGGUAAACUGGAUGUCCCGACUGCGUCCCUGAUAGUCAAGGGUAUUUCGGAAGGUUGUAGAGAAUCGAAAUGUGCUUUGUUGGGCGGAGAAACGGCAGAGAUGCCCUCGAUGUAUGCAGCAGGCAAGUAUGAUUUGGCUGGAUACUGUGUGGGAGUCGUAGAGCACGAAGCUUUGCUGCCCAAAAUUCCGGAUAUACGGGAGAGUGAUCUGGUGAUCGGGAUACCAUCUAGUGGUGUGCAUAGCAAUGGUUUUAGUUUAGUUAACAAAAUAUUGGAAUCAAAUGGAUUGAAACUAACGGAUAUGGCACCGUUCAGCAACAACGGAUGCACGUUUGGACAAGAAUUAUUGACACCAACAAGGAUUUAUGUUGAAGCUGUCCUACCCGUCCUGCGAAAGGGUAACGUGAAAGCUUUAGCCCACAUAACCGGAGGUGGACUAUCAGAAAAUAUUCCUAGAGUUCUUCCUAGCGGUCUCGGCGUCGAACUCAAUGCAAGCAAUUUUGAAAUUUUGCCAGUGUUUGGAUGGUUGGCGGCAUACGGUAAUGUCCCUGACUUGGAAAUGAUGAGAACCUUCAACUGCGGCAUUGGUAUGGUGCUAUUGGUACCAGCCGAUGAUAAAACUUGGGAAGCCUUAAAACCCUCCGGAGGUGUCAAACUAGGCCAUGUUGUACGUCGUGCAUCUGUGACAUCUCCCCAAGUAAUAAUUAAAAGCUUCAAUCAGGCUAUUGCCAAAGCAUCGGAACCGUAUAGAACGGAAAGCCCAAAGUGUUCCAUUUCUUAUAAAGAAAGUGGGGUGGAUAUUACUGCCGGGGAAGAUUUGGUAAGGGAAAUCAUACCAAUGGCUAAAUCAACUGGCAGAAGUGGAUGUCUCAGAGGUUUGGGCAGUUUUGGUGGUCUGUUCCGACUGAAAGAUGCAGGCAGGUUUAAAGAUCCUGUACUAGUCAUGGGCACUGACGGUGUCGGAACAAAACUGAAAAUAGCUCAGAAAAUAAAUGCUCAUGGGACGAUCGGUAUUGAUCUGGUGGCUAUGUGCGUCAAUGAUAUCCUAUGUAAUGGCGCUGAUCCUUUGAGCUUUUUGGAUUACUAUGCUUGCGGUAAACUGGAUGUUAAAGUUGCGGCGGAAGUCAUCUCCGGAAUUGCAAAAGGGUGUACACAGAGUAACAGCGGUUUGCUUGGCGGUGAAACAGCCGAAAUGCCUGGAAUGUACGCAGAUGGAAGUUAUGAUUUAGCUGGAUUUGCACUUGGUGUUGUAGACUAUGAUCAGAUGCUGCCCAGAACCAAGGAAGUGACGGAAGACGAUCUAGUAAUCGGAAUCCCGUCGUCUGGUGUUCAUAGCAACGGGUAUAGCUUAGUUCACAAAAUCUUGGAAUAUGCCGGGGUCACAUACAAUGACGUAGCCCCGUUUAGCGCCACGGGAAAAUCCUUCGGAGAAGAGCUUCUCACGCCGACUAGAAUAUACGUGAAGGAGAUUCUACCGUUGCUAAGACAUAAUGUAGUAAAAGCAUUGGCGCACAUUACCGGUGGGGGUCUCUCCGAAAAUAUCCCAAGAAUUCUUCCGCCGUAUACCGGGGUAGAAAUCGAUUCGAGAAACUUCCACAUAUUACCAAUUUUUGGUUGGCUAUCUAAAGCUGGAAACGUUUCUGAAAGAGAAAUGUUAAGGACAUUCAAUUGCGGUGUAGGCUUAACACUCAUUGUUGCCCAGGAAAAUAUUCAAUUUGUACUAGAAAACCUGCAAGGUACUGGAGCAACAGUAAUUGGUAGGGUAGUUUCCGGUACUCCUACCGAGGAAAAAGUCAAAGUAAUAAAUUUUUCGCAAUCGUUGAGAGAAUCUCAGAUCACCUGUUGUUUGCCGAAGAAACGCAUCGCCGUGCUGAUCUCAGGCUCUGGAAGUAAUCUGCAAGCAUUGAUCGAUGCUACUAGGAGUACCGCGUUCGGAAUUCGAGGAGAAAUUGUGCUAGUUAUUUCCAACAAAAGUGGAGUCUUUGGAUUGGAGCGAGCUGCGAAGGCUGGCAUUGAUUCGAAAGUGAUCCUUCAUAGAAAAUUUCCUACCAGAGAGCAAUUCGAUGCCGUUAUGUCGGAAGAACUUGAAAGGCACAAUGUCGAUCUGGUUUGCCUUGCCGGUUUUAUGAGAAUCCUGUCGGAAGGAUUUGUCAGAAAGUGGAAAGGACGUCUUAUCAAUAUUCACCCGGCAUUACUACCAAAGCACAAAGGUAUCCAUGCGCAACGACAGGCAUUGGAAGCAGGAGAUACCGAAUCUGGCUGUACGGUGCAUUACGUGGACGAGGGAGUGGAUACUGGUGCCAGCAUUCUGCAGGAAAGAGUACCCAUUCUGAAGAACGAUACAGAAGAGACACUCACGGAAAGAAUUCACCGGGCCGAGCAUGUUGCGUUCCCGAAAGCUUUGCGGCUCGUUGCUAAUGAUUUGGUCAGUCUAGGGACGGACGGUAAAACGAAAUGGCAUUGAGGUAGUUUGACGAUAUAAAAAUAUGAUAUACAGUGUAAUAAAAUUAUAGUUAUGACAAAAA